CCAUUUUACCGCGUUAUGAGGACGGCGGAGUAAAACGCGCCAGUGUUUAGUUUCCUAAAGAAAGAAACAUCAGAAACUACUGGCUGUGGUUUUAAAAAAAAUGUGGAUGGUUUUCUUUCUCCGACUAGAAACGCCUUUACUGCUACUGUUGCAGGAAGACCGUGCGCUAAACUAACGUUAGCCACAGCUCGCUCCUGCUAACGUGUUUUUAAUCCUUCACCUUGUUGGAAGUUCCGUAUUUUUCCUCAAACGCAGGUCGGGGAGAAGUUGAGGAGGGGCACUUCAACAUGAACUCGGAGAGGAAACUGUCAGCGGACCAGCGGAGAGCUUUACCUUCAGAUGUCCAGAAAGUGAUUGUUGGUGAAGAACAUCAGCAGGAGUGGAGCUCCAGUCUGGACCAGGAGGACACAAAGCCCCCACACAUUAAAGAGGAACAGGAGGAACUCUGGACCAGUCAGGACGGAGAGCAGCUUCAAGGGCUGGAGGAGACUGAUAGCUCCAAAUUCCCACCCACUAUUGUCCCUGUGAAGAGUGAAGAUGAUGAAGAGAUACCUCGGUUCUCACAGCUUCAGCAAAGACCAACUGUAGGGAUGAAAACAGAAGCCGAUGGAGAGGACUGUGGAGGACCAGAACCCCCCAUGAAAUCCGAUCCAGAUGCACAUUUACAACCAGAUACUGAUGACGAGACUGGAGACUCGUCUGAACCUGAGACUGAUGACAGUGAUUGGAAGGAGACCAGAGAACCUCAGUCAGGAUUAAACGCUCUGAAUAAUGAUGAAGUCCCUGUCAGUGAUUCAAGAUGUAGUACUAGUGAGCGUGGGGAAAGGUUUGGCACCAGUGGACAUCUGAAGAGACACAGUAGAUCUCAUGCAGGGGAAAAACUAUUUAGUUGCUCAGUCUGUAAGAAAGCUUUUAUAAAGAGUGGACAUUUAAAGGGACACAUGAGAAUCCACACAGGAGAGAAACCAUUUAGCUGCUCCAUCUGUAAGAAAGCUUUCACAGAGAGUGGAAGUUUAAAGAGACAUAUUAGAAUCCACACAGGAGAGAAACCAUUUAGAUGCACUCUCUGUAAGAAAGCUUUCAUUGAGAGUGGACAUCUGACGAUUCACAUGAGAGUCCACACAGGAGAGAAACCCUUUAGCUGCACAGUCUGUAAGAAAACGUUUACAGUGAGCGGACAUUUACAGACACACAUGAGAAUCCACACAGGAGAGAAACCGUUUAGCUGCUCGGUCUGUAAAAAAGCCUUUACAGUGAGUGGACACUUAAAGGCACACAUGAGAAUCCACACAGGAGAGAAACCAUUUAGCUGCUCGGUCUGUAAGAAAGCUUUUGCAGAGAGCGGGAAUUUACAGGCACACAUGAGAAUCCACACAGGAGAGAGACCAUUUAGCUGCUCUGUUUGUAACAAAGCUUUUAGAAAAAGUGCCAGUUUACAGACACACAUGACAAGCCACACAGGAGAGAAACCAUUUGGCUGUGUGGAGUGGAUCUCCAGUAUGGAACACCAGCAGAGAACCUCAGUCAUGUUUGAACACUCUAAAAAUGAAUGAGUCUCUUAAGGUUACAUGAUGUCUAACAAUGUCUGGGUCGUGAAAAGGUCUCAUUAAAAUGUUAAGCUUUAACAUUUCUUAAAUAAGAUUUGAUUGGAUUAAGAAGGUAAGCUUACUGUGGGGUUCCAUUGAACUCUAUAGUAUGAAGGCAAUGACUGAUUUUGUUCUUGGCUCUUCCUUAACUUCAGAAGAAGAAACAACUCUACUACAUCUCUCAGCGGGGGGGAGGGGGGUCCAGAUCAGCUCUCUGUUAAAGCGUGGCCUACUGAAAGUAGCCUGACAGAAAUUCUUCUCCAGCAGAUGACCCAAGCGUCUGCUUAGAGUAAACCAGUUGGUAUCACUGACUUGGACAAAUUCUGCCAGCUAACCGGAAACAACUGAAGAACAAAAGAAGUUGGCACCAAGUCAACUACAAGGACUGAAGCUACCAGCUUCCUCCAGCCUGCACGAUUGGAAUACAGCAUAACAGAGACUGCAGAGCAAUAGCAAUAUAAUAGCAGCAGCGGCUAAGCAAAUCUGUAAACUGUUUUAACUUCUGUUAAUGUAGAUUUAUUGAUUUGAUUUAAUGCCAUCCAGACCUAUAUUGUUGUAAUGUUUGUGUAGUCACGUUUUGGGAUGGCCACACUGCUACGUUGAUGUUAGUUUAGGCUUCACACCGACACAGUCAUGCACAUCUGUUAAGGAAAAACUCAGCGGCAGCCCAA